AUGGAAAGUGACGAUCCUUUUUCACGCUUGCCCCUUCAUGCAAGCUUCAACAGAGGCAUAGCAGAUGGAGAAAUUGCUUUCAUUAAUACACCUACACACAUUUUAAAUUCUACUGGAAAAUUCAACCAGGAAAUGAAUGGACUUUAUUACCAUGUUGAAGUAGGAACCACAUAUGUUGAUGUUGUCUUGCCACUUCCAUUGUUCCAUUCCGGCCAAGCUGAUCAUUCCAAUGCUGAAGAGUCAAUCAGCGAUCACACACUAGCCAUUCCUAAAAAAGACCACUCAGCCUUGGGUCAUAGAUUAUGUAAAGGAGGUUUUGACACGGGUGCUACGUGGACAAAGACAGUCAUGGCGAACAACUGUAAAGAAAUACCUCCAUUAAACGCUUCUACAAGCACGCCAAUGUUGAAGAAUCUGUCAGAGAUGGUCUUUAAUGAAAGCAACGCACAGACUUUGCUAACGUCAGCUGCAGAACUAACAAAGUUUAAUCAAGAUCUCACAGAGGUUGAUGUUAAUUACACUGCUGGCAUCAUGUUUAACUAUCAGAAUCAAAAUAGCUCUCGAACGAAACAGAUGCACGAGAACCUUGUGUGUGGAUAUUGGGAUUAUACAGCUAACCAGGAUGCAGGUGGAUGGAAAACAGACGGUUGUAAUAGAUCGCCAUCAGAAAACUUCAUCGUUAAAUGCACCUGUAACCAUCUCACCAACUUUGCAGUUUUGAUUGAUCUUCAAGCAGGGGGUAAUUUAUCGAACACAGAUGAGUUUGUGCUGGGAGUAAUCACGAAAGGGGGACUUGUCGUAUCUACUGUUGGUCUUAGUUUUACUAUUCUGACAUUUAUUGUUUUCAGACAUUUGCGAAAAGGUCGCGGCCAGCAGGUGCUUUUUAACCUGAGUGUAGCGAUGUUGUGUUCAUCCGUCCUAUUCCUGGUUGGUAUAGAAAGAACUGAAACUCGCGGUGGAUGCAUAGCAGUUGGGGUACUCCUUCAUUAUUUCAUCUUGGUUUCCUUCAUGUGGAUGCUGGUGGAGGGGAUUCUUCAGUAUCUGAGAUUUGUCAAAGUGUUAGGAACUUACAUCCCAACAUUCAUGGUCAAAUCGAUGCUUGCAGCCUGGGGUAUGCCUUUGAUUCCCAUAAUUGCUGUCCUUUGCGUUGACAAGGAUCUGUAUAAAAACGACAGGGCGUACUGCUGGCUGUCCGGGAGAGCCCUGCUUUACGCGUUUGUGUUACCUCUGGCAGUUAUUAUUGUUGCAAAUACAGUUAUCUUUUUCCUCAUUGUGAGGCAAUUUUGCGUGAGAAACAAUAUAACAGCCUCCUCAAACCGGUCUGAACACUACCGGUCAUGGCUACAGCUCAAGGCUGCAGUGUCUAUUUUCAUUGUCUUAGGCUUGACUUGGAUAUUUGGUUUUUUGACGGUUGAUGACACAAGGAUCGCGUUUCACUAUAUCUUUGCCGUUCUCAACGCUUUCCAGGGGUUCUUCAUUUUUAUGAUGUUUACUUUGCGAGAGAAGCGGAUCCGAGGAGCAUGGAAAAAGUUAUGUUGCUCUAAGAUGGUAAAAAUGGAAGCAACGUCAUCGACACGACUUCAGCAUCAAAGUAACAGAUCAGAAAUCAGCACAACGAGCAAACAGGUUGUCGGACAAACAUGA